UUGAAUUAAAUAACUAAAAUACAAGAAAAACAAAAGUGUGAAAUAUUAAAAACAAAAUUAUAAUAAAAAAAAAUUUAAAAUAAAAAAACUACUUUUUCAUAACAGAAAUAUAUUAAUAAUUAAAAGAAACAAAAUAAUAUAUACAACUCGCCUAUAAAAUGGCGGGAUAUCGACCUUUACCACCGCCUUCAGCUUCCUCAACAACUCCCAGUUUAGCCCAUCAAAGUAGUCGUCUAUCAAGUUCAAUGUAUCAUCAUGCAGCUGCAGCUGCAGUAGCAGCAGCUGCUGUAGCUGCAAAUACAAAUAAUAAUAGUUUAAUAUAUCCACCGCAUAAUAAUUCAGCAUUACAUGGUUUAACAGCUGCAGCAGCAGUUGCUUCAAAUCUACAUAAUGGUACAACGACCACAAAUCAAUUAAAUCAUAAUAGUCAUCAUCAUAUGAUGGCAGCAGCAGCAGUUGCUGCAGCCGCUGUUGCAAAUCGUCAACAACAACAACAGCAACAACAACAGCAGCAACAACAACUACAACAACACCAACAACAACAUUUACAUUUACAACAACAACAACAUCAUCCAUCUUCGCAUCAACAACAGCAACAACAACAACACCAACAACAGCAACAUCCUUUACAUCCACAUCAUUUAUCACAUCAUCAUCAACAUCAUCAAUUACAACAAGCACAGCAUGCAAUGCAACAUGCAAUACAUUCACAUCAUCAUUCACAUUUACAUCAUUCACAUCAUUUAAAUGGUGGUAGUUCACAUGGUGUUGUUGGUAGUGUCGGUUCACAUCAUCCAAUAUUAUCAAGACAAAUAUUUAGUCAUAUGCAAAAUACAAUAAUACCAUUAAAUGCAAAUGGUGAACCAAUAAAACUUCCAGAUAAUUUAGAAAGCUUACCACGUGCUGACCAUUUUCCCACGCAACGUCAUCGUUGGAAUACCAAUGAGGAAAUCGCAGCAAUUUUAAUUAGCUUUGAUAAACAUUCCGAAUGGCAAUCAAAGGAAGUUAGAACAAGACCAAAAAGUGGCUCAUUAUUGCUGUAUUCGAGAAAGAAAGUCCGAUAUCGACGAGAUGGCUAUUGUUGGAAGAAACGUAAAGAUGGUAAAACAACAAGAGAAGAUCAUAUGAAAUUAAAGGUUCAAGGGACUGAAUGCAUUUAUGGUUGUUAUGUACAUUCAGCGAUUUUACCAACAUUUCAUCGCAGGUGUUACUGGCUAUUACAGAAUCCGGAUAUUGUACUUGUACAUUAUUUAAAUGUUCCAUAUCCAGAUGAUAAUAAAAUGGCAAUAAUAACACCAAGUCUUUCAUUAUGGGGUGACAAAAAAGAAUGGACAAAAGAGGAAUUAGUCAGUCAAUUAAAGCCAAUGUUUUUUAGUGAAGAUGACCCAGAAGGAGGAAAUGAUAUUGAAAUAUCCACUGCUGAGACCGUUGAAGCUAUUGUUAGCCAAUUAAUGGAAAAACAACGUUUAGCACGGCAAGCAGCAUUAGUUAAACAAUUAGAAUGUGGUUGUCCAGAUUCAACAUGUGCUGAUGGUAAAUCAUGUGCACAUCCAAUGAGACGUAUGAAUAAAUCAUUAUCAGAUAAAAGAUCUGAUGGAAGUAAUCAAGUAACAAGUACAACACCAAAUGUUUUAGUUGGACCAAGAUUUUAUUCACGUUGGGUUGAUCAAAGGAAUCGUGAUUCAGCAACUGAUUUAACACAAAAAUCUUCAAUUGAAAAUCAAUCGUCAAUGCAAUUUCAAGUAAUUCCAAAUCUUCAUUCUCAAUCAUUAUCCCAACAUCAUCAACACCAACAACAACAACAGCAGCAACAACAACAACAACAUUUAUUAACACGACAUCAUAGUUCACAUCAAUUAUUAUCAACUAAUAAUAAUAACACUUCAUCACAAACACCAAGCAUUGGUAUAAUUGGUAGAACAGCUUCAAGUCAUCAUCAACAAAAUCAUCAUCACCAACAACAACAACAACAACAACCACAAUUUACCAAUGCGUCUAAUCAAGGCAAUCAAAUAAAUCGUCACAAUAUUACAAAUAAUAAUCAAAUUAAUCAAAUAGUCAUAAAUUCAAAUAACUCUAAUAAUCAUUCAAGUUCAACUGGAACAAUAACAACAGUAACAACAGGAACAGGCACAUCAAUAUAUUCACAAAAUAUAUCUACAACUUCAUCAGCUUCAAAUGUUGAACACAGUAUUGUUAGUAAUCAUAAUAAUAACAACAACAAUAAUAAUAAUAAUAAUAAUACAAUAAAUAAAAACUCCAAUAAUACAAAUGCCCAUUCCAAUCAACAAACCAUACAAAAUUCAAGUGAUACUAAUAAUCUAACAAAUAAUCAUCAUACAACGUCUUCAACAUCAACAUCUUCCACAUCCUUAUCAUCAGUUUCAUCUGGGUCUUCGGUUUCUUCUUCUUCUUCUUCUUCUGCUUCUUCUUCUACUUCAUCAUCCUCUACUUCAAUAUCAUCAGCAUCGACUGUUGUACAACAUCAUCAUUCAAAUUCACAUCAUCCACAGAAUCAUCAUUCCCAGCAUGGUGGUAUUACUCCACAUCAACAGCAACAACAACAACAACAACAAAAUAAUAAUAAUAAUAAUAAUAGUAACAGUAGCAGCAAUACAAAUAAUAAUAGCAAUAUUCAAACUCAAAUACAACAUCAUAUGCAUUCUAAUCAACAACAACAGCAACAGCAACAUCAAACAAUAAUUGAUAGUAAUGGUGUCAAUCAAAGGGUGUCAUCAUCAAAUCUAAUUAGUAACAGUUCCCUUGGUCAUCGUAACAGUAAUAAUAAUGUGAAUAGUGGUAAUGGUACUAACAACAGUUCAGCACCUCCACUUGUUUUAAAUUUGUCCCAGAUUUCAUCAUCUGCUAACAGUCUAUUAAUAUUAAAUGGAAGUCAGCAAAAUUCAUAUUUAUGUCAACAACAACAACAACAGCAACAAAUCCAUCAUCAUUCAAAUCAAAAUCGUCAUAAUAAUAUGACGGCAAUGUCUGCAAAUCUUGUUCCUAAAACUGAAAUGAUGGAUACAAUGUCAACAAUUAAACGUCAACAUUCAAGUCAACAAGAAAAUUCAAUUUCACAACAACAGCAACAACAACAGUCGCAUUCUAUACCAGAUUUUGAUGAUCUUCAAUUUCCAUGUGAUAAUAAUACAACAACAGUUUCAGCAUCAUCAAAUGAUCAUAAUAAUAAACAUCAAGAGAAUUCUUUAGUUAAAGAAUUAAAUGAUUCUUUGCCAUUUUUUAAUGAAACACUUGAUUUAUCACAUGAAGAUAUACAAAAAACUCUUAUUGCCAAUAUGCCAUCUCAUCAUCAUCAUCACCAUCAUCAUCAAUCGCACCAUCAAAACCAUCAUCAGCAUCAUCAUCAUAAUAAUCGUGGUAAUGGCAAUGGUGGUAAUCAUAAUGGUGGUGGUAUUAUAUCAAAUGUUAGUGAUACCGUUAUUGAUUCAAAUGAUAUAAAUCCUAUGGAUUUUAUUGAUAAUGUCUGUGAUGUUGGUGAAAUUGUUGGUGAAACAAAUUCAUUUACAAAUGGAAGUAGUAAUUUAAUAAAUGGUCAUAAUGGUAAUCUUGUAAAUAAUAACAGUAUUCUUAGUGAUCCAAAUGGUUGUGUUGAUAGUUUAAUUGGUAAUGGUAAUGGAAAUGAUUCGACUGGUGUUCAUAUACCCGAUGAUGUUUAUAUAAAUUUAGAUGCUUUUGAUAUGUUUGUGGAUGAUUUAGAAUUUGAUGGUAAAAAUAGUUUUGAUAAUGAUUCAUCGUUAAUAUUAGAUGGUGGCAAUAUUAUGAAUGGUAAUAAUAAUAAUAGUAAUGAUUCAAAUUUUGAUCAUAUUAAUGGUGGUUUAAAAAUGAAUUCAUUGUCUGGAAGUAAUUCAACUGAAAAUGAUUUACUAUCAUUAAAUAGUGGUCACAAUACAGCUGCAUUUAAUAUUACUGAUUAUAGUCCAGAAUGGGCUUAUCCAGAAGGUGGUGUUAAAGUUUUAGUAACCGGACCAUGGAAUUCAACAUCACAAUAUACUGUUUUAUUUGAUUCCUUUCCGGUAAAAACCCAUGUUGUCCAAGAAGGUGUUUUAAGAUGUUUCUGUCCAGCUCAUGAAGUUGGUAUGGUUUCCCUUCAAGUCGCUUGUGAUGGAUAUGUCAUAUCAAAUUCAGUUAAUUUUGAAUAUAAAGCUCCUCCUAUCGUCGAAACAGCAUAUGAUAGCGCUGCUAAUGAAAGUUUAUAUAAAUUUACUUUACUGGAUCGAUUACUAUCAAUUGAUCAAAAAAUGCAAAUAAAAAGUGAACCUAAAGAUAUUCCUGAAGAAGGUGUUGUUAUAGCACAAGACAAUUUCGAAGACAGAUUGGUUACCUAUUGUCAGCAUUUAACAAAUAAACCAUGGCUUUCAAUGGCUUCCGGUAAUUGGUCGAUAAACUAUAAAGGCAUGACACUUUUACAUUUGGCAUCGGCCUUGGGAUAUUCAAAAUUAGUUUGUGCUAUGUUAGCAUGGCGUUCAGAAAAUCCUAAUCUUAUAUUGGAUACUGAGAUUGACGCUUUAAGUCGAGAUGUUCAAGGAUACACACCAUUGGCUUGGGCAUGUGCUCGAGGACAUUUUGAAACAGCUUUAAUAUUAUACAAAUGGAAUCAUAAUUCCUUAAAUAUAAAAACAAACUUCCAACAAACACCACUUGAAAUUGCAAAAGCAAACAGCUUCCAACAAUUAUUUGAUGAACUAAAACGUUUAGAAAAUAUUCGAUUAAAAAAUAAUAAAAAUAAUACAAAUAAUAAUAAAAAUAAUCAAAUAAAUAAUGAUAAUAUCAAAACAGAAAUUAAAUGUGAAAUAAAUAAUACCAAUAAUAAAGAUGAUAAUGAAAAUAAUAAUAAUAAUAAAGUAAUUAAUAAUAACAAUAAUAAGAAUAAAAAUAAUAAUGAUAAUAACAAUUGUAAUAACACAAAAAUCAAUCCAACAAGUACUUAUGAUAAAUCAUCUUCCAAUUCUAGUCCAAUUGAGGAAAAUAGUUGUAAUUAUAGUAAUGGUAGUAAUGCAAGUAAUGGUCAAAAUUCAAAUUCAACAGAUAGUUAUAAGGAUUUUAAUAAUGAUAAUGAGAAAAAAGGAUUAAAUUAUAAUAAUGAUGCUAGUAAUUGUAAUUCAUUUGAUUCGAAUAGCAGUAGUGAUGGUAGUACUAAUGGUAAAAAUUUAAAUUUUAAUGAAAUACAAUCAUCAUUAUCACAAUGUUUAUCACCAAAUUCAAAUGUAUCAUCGGUUGGUAGUAAUCGAAGUCAUGAUGGUGUUUUUUUAAGACCAGGAGCUGUUGCAAGUAGCCAAAGUCCACCAAGUGCAAGAAUAUCAAAAAGAUCUUCAGUGGAUAGUGGAAUUAAUAUUGAUAUUAGAACCUAUUCAAGAUCUGGCAAAUUAUUUAAAGAACAAAAUCGUUUUCAAAGUCUUGAUACAAAUGACAAUUUCAAUUUAUCCAUGGAUUCAACAUUUAGCUUAGAUAAUGGUAUUGGCAGCAGUUCCAGUGCUAGUUCAUUAUUAUCACCAAUGCGUAAAAUGGAUUUCGCUCUAUGCGAAGUAUCGGCUGCUGAAUCAAGUCCACAGGAUAAACAGUCUGGAUGUACGUCUUCUGAUGAUGAAGAUAUUGCAGAACAAAAUUUAAUGAAUGAAAAUGGUGGUGUUUGCGUAGGGGAAUCUGAUGCUAAAGUAUUGACAUUAGCUGAACACAUUAUUGCAGCAAUGCCUGAAAGAAUUAAGAAUGAAUCUGAAGACAUAAUGUCUUUAAGUAGUCCAAUGUCAGAUUCUUUAAAUACAAGUGACUUAAAUGAUUCUUUUAUGGAACCAUUGUUGGAUUCAUUACCAAGUUCACAAUUUGAUCAUGAAUUCAAUUUUGAAUUUAGUGAUAAUAAUUACCGAUAUCACGAUGUUAGUACACCAUGCUCUAGUUUAAGUCCAGCUAGUUCUGGUCCUUUACAAUCACCAGCAAGCUAUUCUAUACUACAAGAGCCCACGAUGAGUUCACCAAGUCCACCACCUUCAACCAAAGAAUUAACUGAAUUUUUACAUGCAUCUAAUACAUCAUUAAGACCAUUUGAAGCUGAUUUUUCAAAUUUGACAUUAACUGAUCGUGAACAACGUGAACUAUAUGAAGCAGCCAAGUGUAUACAAAAAGCAUAUCGUUCGUAUAAGGGUCGUAAAAAACUGGAAGAACAAGAUAAAGAAAGAUCAGCUGCAAUUGUUAUUCAAAAUUAUUAUCGAAGAUAUAAGCAAUUUGCUUUAUAUAAUAAACAAAGAACACAUGCUGCACUAGUUAUACAAAAUGGUUAUAGAUCCUAUUGUGAAAAUAAAAGGUUCAAAAAAUCUCAAAAUCAUACAACAACAUCAAAUGAAGAUAGUCAAGAUUCACAAUGCUUACAACAUUAUUAUACUACUUAUCAUAAUGAUCAACAGCAACAACAACAAAAUCAAAUGAAAAAUGCAGGAGGUAGUGGAAUAACUUCUAAAGAAGCUAGUCCAUCUGGACCAUUAAAAAGAACAUAUUCCCAAAGAACUCAAAAUAAAGCUGCACGUAAAAUCCAACAGUUUAUGAGACAGUCAAAAAUGAAACUUCAGAGAGAACGAGCAGAAAAAGAGAGGCUGGCGCACCAACACAGGGCGGAAUACCUCCGAAACUUCCAGUAUCCAGGACAACAAGAAAUGGAAAUCAUUCCAGGACCAAAUGAAAAGCCAUUUUAGAAAUCCUAACGAGAAAAAAAUGCAAAAUUCUACCGAAGGCAUAAAACAAUUAUUUGAAGAUAACAACAACGUAAAAGAAAUCUUUAUCAUACAUAUUUUCAUUUUAUAACACAAUACCAACAACAACGGAAUUUUUUACUAAAAUAAUAUUUUUUGACACUAUUAUUCUGCACGUUACUCUAAAUUAAAAAAAAAAUUGGAAUACCAUUAUAUAAGAAGAGAAAGAUGACACAAAAAACACAUGAGAUCAUUUUAAAAAUCAAAUUUUAAACAAUUAAUAAUCCACAGCAUUAAUAUCUAUAUAAAAGCAACUAAACGAAAAUACAUCAUCAAAAUAGUAUUUAUGAAACUGAACUUCUAUUCUAUAUUUAAAGAACAUUUUUUUUUAAAUUUAUUUAUUUUACAUAAAAUACAAUCCUAAACUUACUGAAUUACUCUUAGUAACAUCUUCUUCUAUAUAGGUAGUAAAAUUAUAUAGACUUAAGAUAUUUUCUCUCCUUACAAAAUGUAUAAAAAAAAAUCAUUUAAUAAAAACAAAAUUAUAAAAGUUCUUGCAAAUUACAUUUACAUUUUAUAAAAAGAAAUUAUUUUAAAUAUUCAUAAUUACUUUAAAAAUAAAACAAAAGAAUUCAAC